AUGCUUAAAACUAAUCGCGGUGCAAAGGAGUCAUCGGAUAAGUCGACGCGACGAACGUCGUUUACUCCGCCUCUAGAUGAUGGAGUGUUGAGCGGAUCGCUGGAGAAAUCCCGAACGCGUCCUGCCGAGUUUUGUUGCAGAAACCGAUGGAUAAAAGUCAGUAAAUUCGGGUGGUACCGCGUCCUGGUGCGCAGCAACAGUUACCAAACCUCACAAAUGCUGCAGGAGCUGCGUCGGGCGGUAGCCCCGCUAUCCUUUAUGCCCUACUAUCUGCACCGAGGCGGUGAAAGAGAUGCGCCCGAGGACAGACACGCCAACUUCACCUUCUAUGUGAAUAGCUAUACCGUGGCCUGUGAGUUAUUGAAUUGCUCGGGGCGUUGGCUGUUACCCAAUGGCAAGGAGUUGUUUCUGCGUGUGAAUUCAAGGGCACCUCUGGUGCGCCUCAAUGCCGACUACAGGGCGCGCAUGCGCAUAGCCAUAAAGAGGCGCUUCGAUCCGACGAAUGGGGUUUUAAAUAUGUGUGGCUUCCAUACGGACUCCCAAUGGGUUCACGAAUUCUGCUCUCUUUCGCAAUACAAGAUUUUGAAGGCGGCCAUCGGCAUAAUGGGCGAGCUGAGGCCUGAAGUCUCUGGCUUGCUUCUGGAUAGCAACUAUUUGAAAAGCUUACAUCCUUUUCGAGGUGUGGAGCGAGAAUUGCCACGUCUUAGUUCCAUCUCCCUAAAGGACAACGAAUUGUCAGAAUUGCAUUUCUUGUUGGUCUUUAAGAAAUUGAACCUGACACACAUUAAGUUGCAACGCAAUCCCUGGACUGUGACAGAUCGGCAGGAGUUUAAGCGUCGGCUCUUAGAAGUGCUGCCGCAACUAACCCAUCUGAAUGAUCGACCCAUACGGCAGACAUUCAGGCUGGGAGUGGAUAGGUGUAGAUUGCUGAAAUCAAAAGAAUUCUAUAUGGUGAACAUGUCUGCGUUCGAGGAUAUGCGCACAUAUAUCUAUACAUAUCUCACCGCCUUCGAUUCAGCCUCCAGACGCAGUCAACUGGCUCCAUUCUAUCAUGAACACGCUAUGGUUUCGGUUACGGUGUCUGACAACAUGAUGCCCUACAAGGCCUACGAUCACAAUAUACUCAACGAAUGCCCACAUCGUCGGAUGCUAUGUAAACGUUAUGCCAUCCUUGAUAUGUUUGCAGACUGGCCGCGAACUGAACAUUUGCGUGAUGAGAACUUUACUUUUGAUCUGACUGUACAGUCGGAAAAGAUGUUGUGCUUCAGCAUUACUGGAUAUUUUAAUGAUCAUGGCAUGGAACUGGAACGCCGUUUUAUCAACGCUGUCAACUUAAAUCGCUUAAAUCGGUUCAACCACACCACACUGACAAUGACGGUUGUUUAA